AUGACUUCCAACUUUGACAAACUGCCUAGAGAGGCUCUCGCCUCCAUUUCGAGCGUGAGCGCACGGGUCAGAGACGCUAUCUCCGCAUCUCUCCCCAUCGGGCCAGAACAGUACCUGACCAUCACCGCCCCUGGAACUGUAAUUGAUCUGGCCAACUCGGACCGCGACGACUCAUUUGUAUAUGAUGAAUCCAAACAUAAUUUCCCUCCAGCAAAUGUCAGACAGGCUGAGGCCAGCUUAGUUGACCGAAUGAUGCCGAUAGCCAAAUGCGCAUUUAAUUCCCGCAAGCCCGGUAUUCACACCCUCCCAGGCAUCCCCAGCCACGGAAAGAUGGACUACGCAAAGUCAAUGGAGCUUCUCAACAAGAAAGUACCUGGAACCUCAAAGACCAUGAUUGACGUUUAUCGCGACAAGGAGAUGAAGUGGGUUGAACGGCAGCAGGCUUGGGAAGAGGCAAAGAUCAAUGCUGCUCGUAAUGCAGAAAAUGCCUUUGAAGAGGGGACCAAGGACUACGUCGAAAAGCGAGAGAAAUAUUUUGAUAAAUGGAUGAAAAGUGAAGCAAAGUCCUACAAGAAUGCUAUUCAAGCUGCAUGGAUGGAUUGGGUUAUCAAUGGGAAGAAAAAUGAGGUUGAUAUGAUCUUUGGCGUGGUCCAGGUGGAUUCUAUGGCGCGCAUCGAAAACAGCAAGGAAGCGAUGAGGAACUCUGCGAUAGACGAUCCAAGUGGCGAUGGAGAGGUAUACGGGGUUAGUCUCACGCCCAAGACCUGGGCUACGGCCUGUAAAGUUAGGGCCGAGGAGUGGCGUGGCAAUGAUUUGAGGCAGCUGAAAGGCAGUGACGAAAUUGCAUGGAGUAAAGUCACGCUGUCCUAUUCUACAUCAGAUUUACAGACUCAGGGAAGUGGACCCGCCAGCUACGGCCUCUGGACCUUGGGUGACGACGGCUUGCCUGAGGAACUGCGCCAAGAGAUGGCAUCCUGCGAUGUCGGCAUUUCAUUUUCUGCCCUCGUUGUCAACAUCAGCCGCCCAUGGCUGCACAGCGACCUCUUCAGCGACACUGAUCUCGAUGCUCAAAGGGGUGUCAAAGUCAGCCCUGGCCCAAGUCGCAUUCAUGAGAUGCUCGAGGCGCAGGAAGAGGAGAGGAGCAAUGACUGGGCCUUUCCUGCUUACCCAACCUCAUUUGUCAUUGCUGCUGAUACAACGAUUGAAUUCAAGGGACGAGUGAAGGCUAUAGAAGAAUUUUGGAAAGCUGGCAGUGAGGUGGUUGGAUAUGGGCCGUGCCUUCACCUUCGCUUUCUGAUGUCCAUCUUCAUCAAUACAUUUCAAUCCGAUUUCUUUUCUGAAAAGAUGAAGAGAAUCACGAGAGCUGCUCGAGCUGCCGAGAUGAACUCCCAGUCGACAGAAGAUCAGGGAACUAGUCGUCCGCGACGACAGCUCAUCACUUCCAUCGUUCAGUCUCCAGUUGCACCCGCUCUGCAAACACCUCUUCAGCAUGUACCCGCCCGACGAUCCGCACCCUCCACACCCGAUAUCGAAUGCACCACAGAAGAACACAUCGUUGAAAAGUUCACCCGCGGACUCCAGAUCGUAUCAAAUUGCGCGGCGGAUAUCCCAUCUAUUCUCUCCGACAUCAUCAGCCACUGCCAGGACCGCGUAGUGCUUCACCAACAAGCUACCAGGGAAUUAGGAAGGUUCCACAUCGGCUGCUGGGACGGCUACUUCAGAAUGGUUGCUGCCGACACUGAUUGGUUGACCAACAACUGGGGUGGUUCGAACUGGCUUCCGCCUGAUAUUCGGGCUGGGCUUGAGAGGUCGUUUGGUACUCCAGUGCCCUCGUCUUAUGUGAGAGCCUUGGUUGCAAUUACACAGGCUGCACAGGCCUAUGAAAUCGACCUCGACUCUCUUUGGGCUGAAGACGGCGCUCUGAGAACGGCAGUGGGCGAUGGUGGGGAAAUUUGUCUCUCCCCAGCACUGGAGCAGGAGAUCAUCGGCCAGAUCAAUCAUGAGGGAGCGCUUACAGCCCCAGAGGCUUCUGCUCAAGGACGACAAAGCUCGACUGCUGUUCAUCUCGAGGGUGGAAGCGAAAGGUCUAAUGGCAUCAAAGUCGAGACGAGCGAGCAAAGCGAACCUGCAUCAAUCCAGACAGUUCCUAGCCAUGAAACUCCUACUGGAAACGGCAACGAUGAUCCUCCAACUGCUGUGGAAGUGCCUACCGCUCACGAACAUGUAGCACAGACGCAGGCCCAGCCCACGAAUGAUGGAACGCAAUCCGCUCCACCAGUGACCAGAAAGCGGACUUUCGAUCAGAUGAAUAGCACAGAAGACUCAAUGUAUGACAAGUACAAGACACUUACGACGAGCAUCACGCUGGAAAGGUUUGCUCAGCUUCGAGCAGAAGCAAUCGAGAAACUGGAACGAGCGGAGUCCGAAAAGGCAGCCACCGACCGCAUACUGGUAACAAUGAGAGCCAAAGAAGACCAACUCCAGCAAAUCCGCGACCACAGCAAGAGGAUGAUCGACACCACGAGCAAUGGACUAAGAGAACAGGCCAAUCACGAUGUCCUGGCCGGAACGCUGGCGAACAUGGGAGAAGUGUACUUCAAGGGCAUGAACAGAUUACUUGAUUGUGUUCUUCAGGCGUCCUCUGCCUCUAUUUUCGGAUUCACGGUCGAAGAUGUGCAAGCACGACAGACCGCAGCGAUUGACAAGGUCGACAAAGGGAAGAAACACAUCCGGGCGCUGGAUCACAUUGAAAAGGCACGAGCGGUACACGAGAACUACAUUGAGAUGGAGGGAUUUCGCGAGAGUUUGCGUGCUGUUUGGGCCAAGACAGGUGAGCGCGUGGAGGAUUUGGAGAAGGCGUGCGUUGCUGCGUUUAGUCAUGCGGAGGAAGAAGACUAG